AUGAAGCACACCGCCGUCCUCCUCUCCCUCAUUGCCGUCGCAACCGCGGCCAAACUGCCGAAUGCCAGCCCGGACAUUGCCGACGUUGUUGCGCGCCACGACGGGCAUCCUGAGCAGAACACCACUAUCCCCGGAGAUGGUCACGAUCAAGACCUAGAGAAGAGGCGCGGGGGCGGUGCCGGCGGUGCCGGUGGCGCCGGCGGUGGCCACAGCAGCGGUGCCGGCGGUUCCCGCGGCGGCAGUUCUGGCACCAGCAGACACUCCAGCACCGACAUCGCCCAGACGAUCCUCUACGCCAACGCCCGCGGCCUGCCCUUCCUCGCGACGACAGGCGGGCACGGCACCUCCAAGUGGCUGGCGACGGGGCAUUUGGAAUUGAUGAUGUUGAACUAA